CUCAGCUCGUCCGUCCUCAAUUCGUCACCCUUCCACUCGACAGCGCCAGACAAUGGCGCCCAAACAGCGGUUGCCAUUCCGCCGCCGCCGCCUGUUUCUGCUCCUCGCCGCGGCCGCCCUCGCGUGCUCGUUGCUCGCGGGCGCCGCCGCGGCGAGCGUGGUCGAGACGCUCGGCGUCCGGCGGCACGGCAGCCCGAAGCACAACACCACGCGGCAGCACGGAGGCGGCGGCCGCGGCUCCGCCUGGAGCGGGCUGGCGUCGUGCAACAUGUUCCAGGGCAGCUGGGUGUACGACGACUCGCUGCCGAUGUACGACACGGCGGGCUGCCCCUUCGUGGAGGCGGAGUUCGACUGCCAGAAGUACGGCCGCCCCGACAAGCUCUACCUCAAAUACCGGUGGCGCCCCACCUCCUGCGAGCUCCCGAGGUUCAACGGGCUAGAUUUCCUUAGCAAAUGGAGGGGGAAGAAGAUACUGUUCGUGGGGGACUCCAUCAGCCUGAACCAGUGGGAGUCGCUGGCGUGCAUGCUGCACGCGGCCGCGCCGUCCUCCAGGACCACCUACAGCAGGGGCACCCCGCUCUCCACCGUCACUUUCCAGGACUACGGGGUGUCGGUGGCGUACUACCGGAGCACCUACCUGGUGGACAUCGUCGACGAGUCCAUCGGCCGCGUGCUGAAGCUCGGCUCCAUCUCCGGCGACCCGUGGCUCGGCGCCGACAUGCUCAUCUUCAACACCUGGCACUGGUGGACCCACACCGGCAGAGACCAGCCGUGGGACUAUGUGCAAGAUGGCGGCCAGGUGAUGAAGGACAUGGACCGUCUCACGGCCUUCUCCAAGGGGAUGUCUACAUGGGCCAGAUGGGUCGACUCGAACGUGGACACAUCCAAGACCAGGGUCUACUUCCAGGGCAUCUCUCCGACCCACUACAACGGAGCGGACUGGGGGGAAGGGUCGAGGAGCUGCGCGCAGCAGACGCAGCCGGUGGCGGGGUCGACGUACCCGGCGGGGCCGUUGCCGGCGCAGAGCGCGGUGAGGAGCGCGCUCGCCGGCAUGUCGAAGCCGGUGUUCCUGCUCGACAUCACGCUCCUGUCGCAGCUGAGGAGGGACGGGCACCCUGCGGGGUACAGCGGCGGCCACCCGGGCAACGACUGCAGCCACUGGUGCCUCGCCGGCGUGCCGGACGCGUGGAACCAGAUCCUCUACGCCUCGCUCCUUGCAUAGGGGAAAGAAUGGGAUGGGGAUAUGUCGAUCCGAUUGGAUUGUUAUUUAUAGGCCGUUUUGUUGCUGUUCUCUCAUGAUUUGUUGGUUGAUUGUAUGUUUCAAUUGGUGAUUCCAUUGGUGGUCAACUGAUAUAUAUGGGUGAUCAAUCAGAUGAUACAUUUUCCUUGUCUUCUGAGAAGUUGGGAGUAAUGACAAGGUAGACAGCAAGGAUUAAUUGGAUAUAAUCAUACAAGUCCUCGUCCAAAAACGCUUAGGAUGAUUAUUUCUACAAUCAUUUUUCUAAUCCAAUCCGCUU